UGUAUGUUAUGUCCGAUGAUUAUAAUGAACCAAGGAAAACCUGGAAGGACUGGAAUUGGGAAUUGAUAUCCAGUGUAAUCAGUGUAGAUGAACCGGAUCCUACCUUAAUGUGUAUACUCAUUCAAAAGGACGAAGAUAUGGCUAUACUGGCAAACUUCAUGAAGAAUCUCUUCAGGAGGAAAAGGAAAUUAAGUCUUGGAUACAUAAAGAGAAAAAUAAAGUAGCUGAGUUCUUUGUAGAUAUCUAUUUACUAGAUAUGGUUCGGCUGACUUCAUCAGACUUGACUGCAGAAAACGUGACUGUGAUUACCGAUGUGAUAUCAGAAUUGAAAUCUAAUUUGGUUUCCGUUUCUUCUGAUAUAUCCUUUCUGUGCCUUAUCAGUUGGUUCCCACCUUGUCGUGAAUAUCAGUGCAAAUUUAUAAAGAAAAUGCUUAGUGUGUGUGAUAAAUUUAUGCUUAACGCUGAAAGCUUUAUAAAUCAUGAAGAGACUCAUUGUUUGGCUCAAGCCGCUGUUCCAAUUACUAAACUACACUUUGGUUUUGAUGAAUACAUGGUCAGUGGUGUUUCUCCUCAAAAAUUUAUUUUAAGUGUACCAUGGCAUGGCUAUGUCUACCUCUGUGAUAUUUUUAAACCCAAAGGAAAUGGUUCUCUUUAUGACCAAUGUUUUAUAAGAAAGAAAAAUGGAUCGCAGACAUGUGAUUAUAACCAUUGUCGCCAAAAACUAGAUAUGAAUACAAUGGCUGAGAAGUACAUGAAAUAUGAAAGUGAAAACAUCUGGAAUGCUGUUUAUUUGGCUCCAUAUUUUAAUAUCGAGGAAACUCCUGGGGAAUUCAAACAGAUAUGGUUUGAAGACUACAGAAGCCUAAACCAUAAAUACGAAUAUAUAAGAACUAUGAAUGUUAGUGGUAUAGCCCUAUGGAGUGGAAAUGAUUUACAACAUAGCUCUUCAAGCUGGUAUGAAACAUACAAUAAAGUGAUGUGGGGCUGGUUAGCUCAUCAAGCAUUAAUGCAUCCUCAGAAACCCAAUUCAUAUGAAAAUCUUAAAAAACUUCCACAACUUAUGGCUGGCAUUGGAAUUGGUUGUGUUCUCAUUGGUGGACUUCUUGGUUUCAUUUUUGGCUGGGGAGUUUUUCGACGUACUCACAAAAGAAACAGAAGACAGCCUUUUGAUAAAGAUAUGGUUUACAUGGAGGAAGAUCAAAACUUGUGAAAACUGAUAAAAAGAAUGAAACAUUUUUAUAACAAUGUAAUUUUUCAAAAAUUUGAUGUUUUGUCACAUAUAUGCUAUUUUUGUUCGUUUGUUUUACUCCUUAAAUUAGCUCCUUACAAAUAUUUUUAUUGUUGUAAGAAAGGAAACUUUAGAUCUGUCCAUUUAUUAUUUCAUUCUAGAUGAUAUUUGUGCUAAGUUAUUGAAAUCGCUCAUUGUGUUGUAUUUGAUAAUUAUUCUCUUUCAAUCUGUUUAUAUUUUAUAUCUUUAAAGUUUAAAUGAGCCUUUUUGCUUUUAAAGUGUUUUGUUUGUUGUUGGCUAUUUAUUAAUGCUAUUUGUUCCACCCAUUUUUGGAUUUGUUAAGUAUUUUUUUAUAUUUGAAAGACUUUUGUAACACUGAUAUAGUUUUUAUUACCAACAUCUUCAUUCCUUAAAUUCUGAUUUGUUUAACUCUUCUACUGUGGAAAUCAGAUAUAUUCCACUCAAAAUUUCAUUACCUUUAACUGCAGAAAGCAUUUUUAUAUACCAAUCCAUCUUUUGUUAAAGAAUGUCAUGUUUGAAACUAUUUUUUGUUGAGUUUAUUGAGGCAAUGUGACUUGCAGAAAACUACCAGUUCUAUUUUUUGGAAGAUAUUAACAUCAUUACUGGAAUAACCAUGAAAUUUAAUUUUGCAUUAAAGGGUUAAUGUUUGCAUUUCAAUAAGAAAUUGAAUCCAAAUAUUUUUACUUAGGAAUAACAGAAUCCAAUUCAAAUUAUAUAAAUAAUUGUGUACAAUAUUUCUAUCAUCAUUUCAUAAAAUGUAAAUUGUACAUUUUCCAAAAUUGAGAGGUCUAUUUUUUUAAAUUUGUUUUUAAAAAUUAUAUGGUAAUGAAAUAUAUAAACACUCUGUCUGUCUGUGUCUGCCUGUUUGUCUGCUUGUCUGCUUGCCUGCCUCCCUGUCUGUCUCUCUGUUUGUCUUUUUGUCAUGAUUGUUAUUUUAUGCCUGUUUUUUUUUUUUUAUACUGGCAUGGUUUUGAGGAUCCAGUGAGUGAGGGGAUCACAUCACACUCCACUGUCUCUGUUUUUGCAUGGAUGCCCUUCCCAACACCAGCCAUUUUAUAAGAGCAUUGGGGGCUUUUUCUUUUUUUCCCAAAGUGCAAUCACUAGUGAGGUGAUCUUGCAACUUGCAAGAAGAAAGAGUUUGAAGCAGUGGUUCCCAAACUUUUUUGGGGGCUGCUGCCCCAUUGGCACACGGGUCAGAUUCCUAGUGCCCCCAACCCACUCACCACCACAAACAGAUCACUUUCUGAAGCAAAUUCAAAACAAUUGUUUUUCACAAAUAAAACUUAACCUGAUCAA